AUGGCAGCGGGGCUCAAAACUGUAAUAUUGCUAUCAUUCGUGCUCGCUGUCGGAUUCCUGUUAAUCAUACUCUCAUGUGCACUAUGGGCCAAUUGGUUGCCAUUGUUAGUUGCGUUGACGUUCGUGCUUGCUCCUCUACCAAAUGCCCUCUUUGCCCACUGCGGAGGAGAUGAGUUUUCCUCAAGUGACGGCGCCACGGGUGCUGUGGACCUUGGCCGCUUCUUGACUUCAAUUGUUGUUGUCACUGGAUUUGCGCUCCCCGUCGUUGUAAAACCGGGCGCUUGUGUAAUGUCCAUCAUCGGCGGAGGACUGGUGUAUGGUACCAUAUUGGCAUAUUCAGCAGCGUUCAGACAGGAAGAUGAAUAUGACUGA